CUUGAUUUCUCACAUGGCAAUAGAAAAGGUUCUCGCAUCUCAAGACACGACUCACGAGAUGAUGGUUAUCCUCGUGACCACUGAUAUGUGUGUGCGGCCUCACCAACCUCACUCACCCGGCCAUACACCAAACGCACUGCCCCAAAAGGCAAAGAAUCCAAGAAACAGAGUCAGUCAUCAGUCAUGGCGUCGUCCUUCGCUGCGCAUGUGCUGCGCGGGCGGUGGUUCAUGGCGUACGGCUCCUUCCUCAUCAUGUCCUCCGCGGGCGCCACGUACAUCUUCGCCAUCUACUCCAAGGACAUCAAGGCCACGCUGGGCUACACGCAGGAGCAGCUCAACACCGUCGGCUUCUUCAAGGACGUCGGCGCCAACGUCGGUAUCCACGCCGGCCUCAUCGCCGAGGUCACCCCGCCCUGGCUCGUCCUCGCCGUCGGCGCAGCAAUGAACCUCGGCGGCUACCUCAUGCUCUACCUCUCCGUCACCGGCCGCGUCCGCGCCAGGCCGCCGCUCUGGCUCGUCUGCCUCUACAUCGCCGUCGGCGCCAACUCGCAGGCCUUCGCCAACACCGGCGCGCUCGUCACAUGCGUCAAGAACUUCCCCGAGAGCCGCGGCGUCAUGCUUGGAUUGCUCAAGGGGUUCGUCGGCCUCAGCGGCGCCAUCUUCACCCAGCUCUACCUCGCCUUCUACGGACCCGGCGGCGGCGGGGACACCAAGCCACUCAUCCUGCUCGUCGGCUGGCUCCCGGCUGCCGUCUCCGUCGCCUUCCUCGGCACCAUCCGGAUUAUAAGCGCGCCACGCCCGCCCGCCGCGGCGCGCCGGGAGUACCGCGCGUUCUGCUCCUUCCUGUACGUGUCGCUAGCCCUCGCCGCGUACCUCUUGGUCGCCAUCGUCCUCCAGAAGCGCUUCCGGUUCACCCGCGCCGAGUAUGUCGUCAGCGCCGCCGUCGUGUUCGCGAUGCUGCUCCUUCCCCUCGGCAUCGUUCUGCGCGAGGAGGCCGCGCUGUUCAAGAUCAACAACAUGCCUGAAGCGCAAGCUGACGCGCCGGCGCUGUCCGUGGUGACCGCGGCUACGAAGCCAGCGGCAGUACCAGCGAGCGCGGGAUUGCUGAGUGCCCUGAGGCCGCCGCCGCGUGGCGAGGACUACACCAUCCUGCAGGCGCUGGUGAGCGUGGACAUGCUGCUGCUGUUCACGGCGACGGUGUUCGGCGUGGGCGGGACGCUGACGGCCAUCGACAACAUGGGACAAAUCGGCGAGUCUCUGGGGUACCCGCAGCGCAGCAUCUCCACGUUCGUCUCCCUCAUCAGCAUCUGGAACUACCUAGGCCGCGUCGCCGCCGGCUUCGGCUCGGAGGCGCUCCUGGCGCGGUACCGCAUCCCGCGCCCGCUCCUCGUGGCCGCCGUGCUCCUCCUCACCGUCCCCGGCCACCUGCUCAUCGCGUUCGGCGUACCAGGGUCGCUGUAUGCGGCCUCGGUGCUGGUGGGAUUCUGCUUCGGCGCGGCGUACCCGAUGAUCCUGGCCAUCAUCUCGGAGCUGUUCGGGCUGAGGUACUACUCGACGCUGUACAACGUCGGCAACGUGGCCAGCCCCGUGGGGUCGUACAUCCUCAACGUGCGCGUCGCUGGGCGCAUGUACGACCGGGAGGCCGCGCGGCAGGGCGCCGUGGCGGCGGUGGCCGGGAAGGGCGUGACGUGCGUCGGCGCACGGUGCUACAGGGAGUCGUUCUUGGUCGUCGCGGCGGUGACGGUGGCCGCGGCGCUGGUGACGCUGGCGCUCGCGUGGAGGACGCGGGUGUUCUACGCGGGGGACAUCUACGCCAGGUUUAAGAAGGACGGGAGUACGGGAGUGAGUGGCAAUGGCGUCGGAGAGGAGGCGGUGGUGGACGGACGCCUGUGAGAAAUUCAGAUUCAGGGACUGAUCGGCCGACCAAAAAUAUCAAGUGACAUGACACUGGUUAACUAGAGACACUAUUACACAAGUUGGGAUUUUUUUUUUCGUGCUUGUUUGAUACUUUAUAUGUUGAACACUGAUGGUUAAUCAGACAGUUCUUGGCAGUUUUUUGGUACCUAAUUAACCAGGAUAACGCUAGCGGUGUUUUGUUGUACACAUCAAUUGUGGUCAAGGAUUACCGUUACCUUCCAUUUUUGGGU